UCUCGGCUCCCCACGCUGACGAAAGCUGUGCUGUCGACGCUGGCGCAGGAGCUGCUUUUUUUCAGGGGAGAACCGCAGCAAACCUGUGUGACCCCGGGGCUCUCGGUAAGCGGAAGCUGGCCGAAGCCGCCUGCUCACUUCUCCGAAGUUGGGCAACGGCAUCGUCUGUCCCCUCGUGCUUCCCAAAAAUCAGCCUGGCCCUCUGACGAAGCCACCUGCCAAGCUUCCUCGGCUCCCGGCAGUGAGCAAGCGCUGUUUCCAGCACUGGUGCCCCCAGCCUGCUCCCUUUGAUGCUGGGGGGUCCUGAGGCUGCAGGGAUGGGGAGAGGAGCGGAAGGUCCUAAAGGACCGGCAUCGCUCGUGCGGGACGGGUGCGCUUUGGAGGGUCCUGCUGCCCCAUGUGGUGCUGAGCUGAUGCCGAGGGUCCCCUGGGCAAACCUCCCUGCAGCUGGGGGCACAGCAGAAGGGGUUGGGACGCUCGCAAGGGUUAAUACAGGGAGGGGGGAACAGCCUCCCUUAUCCCCUUCUUCCCAAAGCGCUUCCAGCGGGCAAAUCCUUCUUCCAGCACAGGGGGACCCAGCCCGCCCGGCCCCUUCCUCUACCACCCCGAGCGGCUUUCUGAGAACGGGAAGCCGGGGCGACGUAGGAAGCUGCGGUGGGUGACACAACGCCCCAUCCGCUGCCCGUGGGGGCAGUGCCAGGGAAAGCACCCUAUAAAUUCGCCCUCGGCCUGCCGUGCCUCCCCAGUCGGCGGAGGCAGCCGAGGCGGAGGUGAGCGAAGCAGGGCCGGGUCAACCCAGCUGAUUUCUCCUAGCAAGCGGGCGAGCUUCUUCCUCGGGGGCCGUGCUGGAGAGAGCCUGAAGGGGAAGGGAGAGUGACUGCAGCUUGUUUCUGGGUGCGUUUCUGUCUCGUUUGCAGCUGGCAGAGCCCAGCACCCCUCUUUUAGCGCUGCGGGUGGCUGCUGCUAAUUUCCCUGCGACAGGGGCAGUUUUCUGUCCCCGCUGCCUGGAUGCCGGGUGGGGAGCAGGGGCUGCCCCUGCGGGGAGGCUGAGCACAUAGAAAGAGUUUGAUUUAAAAUUUUAAGCAGACGGUACAGGGCUACGAGGAGAAAAUACGGAGAAGCUGGGGACGCUGGGGCUGUGAAGGUGCAAAAGCUUUUCUUAGAUGGAGAGGCGUUGGCUAGAAAUGAAAACGGAUCUCGAUGGUUAAAGAUGUAGGCUCUGUGGGCAGGACCCCAGGGUGGCGCAGGGCCGGCGCCGGCGAGCACUGCCCGGGGGAUGCUGACCCUGCUCGUCUGGGUGUAAGCUCUCUGGGUAUGGCCAACACCAAAUUAAUUUUCAUAAAUCAAGCCAAAACACCUCUUGCUAAUGCGGAGCGAGAUGUGCCAGUCCUGCUGCUACCAAUGUCUCUGUGCGUGCCCGUGCUGGUCUGCACGAGCGGCCGCGGUGCCAGGCGAAGCAGAGGAAGCGAAAGAGAUAGAAGGGGCUGUAGGAGAGUUGGAGGGUGGUGUGCCCUGUUAAAGCUGUUCCUUAGGGCGGCAGGAGUGGAAGAGCCGCAUCCAGCUGAUCUCCAAGCAGUGCCCGAGGCUCAUCUCCACCAAACGCCGCCAGCCCCCAUCCUCCGCGGCCAAGCCCCUUGUUGCCAACAUGGACAUCGUGGAGAGGGUCUUCUCCCUGUCCCAGGCCAUCCACGCCCAACUCGAGCAGGUGAAGUGCUGUAAGCACCAGUGCCAGCGCCUCGUGGAGCGCAUCCAGAUCCUGCUGGAGCCCGUGAGGAUCCUCAAGGCUCAGCCGCCACAGCACAUCUCCCACCAAGAAGAGGAACUGUUGAAGAAGCUGCUCCGAGCACUGGGGGAAGCCCAGAAACUGGUGAUGAAAUACAGCCAGACAAGCUGGAUCCAUAAGUUCCUGAGAGCCCGCAGCACCGGCGAGGAGUUCGCCUGGGUGAACGAGAGCCUGGAGGACAUUGCCCAGGGGCUCUCGCUCCUGAUGCAGGCGGAGCAGAAGCAGGCUUUCCUGGAGGCUUUCCAGACAAAGACAUGUCGCAGGCAGGAUGCUGAGGACCUGAGGGACGACACAGCUUUCUUGGACCAGGUGAUUGCAAGCACUGAGGAGCCUCAAGACGCAGCCGGGGAAAUCUACAUCGACAGGCAGUGCAUGGAGAGCAAAGUAGACUGGAUGCAAAGCGAGCUGAACAAAAUCGUGCACGUGAUGGAGUGCUUGAAGAAAGUCAAUGUUGGUAAAAGAGAAGACAUCACUGAGAUCGAGCGGGACCACCUCACCUUCUACAGCCACCUGCAGGACACUGAGAGUUACGACCUCUACGAGGGCGAGUACCUCAAGUACCCCGUCGCCAUCAAAACCUUCAAGAGGCCGCUGACCACCGACCCGGCGAAGGUGAGAGACAUCUUCGAGAAGGAGGUUCAAACCCUGAAGAAGUUUGAGUCUCCAAACAUCCUGCGCAUGUACGGGAUCUGCAUUGAGGAGACAGAUGGGAGCCCCUGCUUCUCCAUCGUCAUGGAGUACUGUAAGCACGGGACGCUGCGGGAUGUGCUGACCAAGCAGCGGCACCUCUCCUGGGAGGUCCGCAUCCGGAUGGCCCUGGGGGCUGCCAGAGGCCUUUACAGGUUGCACCAGACGGAGGAGAAGUCCCGACUCCACGGCUGCAUCUGCAGUAGCAAGUUCCUGGUGGCCGGGGAUUACUGUGUGAAGCUGUCGGGAUUUGAGCUGUGUGAAACGGAGUCGUCCAUCAAGAGGAAAGCCAAGAAGAACUGGAAACAAGUCUCUAUGUUGGCUUACGUCUCCCCUGAGAACCUGAAAGACAUCAACUACCCCUACAAGAGGGCCUGUGAAAUAUACAGCUUCGGGAUCGUGCUGUGGGAGAUCGCGACCUCCAAAAUCCCAUUUGAAGGCUGCACUCCUGAGGAGAUCAUGGAGAAAAUCUGCAACCACCAUUACCAGGAUCCUGUUGGGGAAGAUUGUCCUGAAGAUCUGCGGAAAGUCAUUGACCAGUGCCGGGCCUUUGAUCCUUCCCAACGCCCUUCUGCUGAGGAGAUUGUGGACUCACUGUCUGACCUGCAGAAGAGCAGAAACCAAGGAAUUUAACUGUGGGGAACAGGGUCGGGUGACGAAAA